AUGGCUUCAUCUAGUGGAGUGAACAAGGAUAUGGAACAAAAAUGGAAAAAUAUAUGUCUUGAUGAUGAGGAAGAUAAUGAGGUAGUUUAUGAAGAGGAGGAUGUGGAAGAACUCGAGUUUGACGAUCGGUGGUGCUUUGUCGGUCGAUUGUUAACGGGGAAAGUGUCGGACUUCAUGAUAUUUCAAAAUAUUAUGGCGGAUUUAUGGAAACCGGGGAAAGGAAUGUAUGUCAAGAUCAUUGAACAGAAUCGAUUCCUCUUCCAAUUUUUUCAUGAAAUCGAUAUUCAAAGAGUGUUAACGGGAAGCCCAUGGACGUAUGAUCGAAAGCAGUUAAUUAUCGAGCGGCUGAAAAAGGGUGAUAAUCCGAGAACAAUUGCACUAAAUAAGCUGGAUAUUUGGGUGCAAAUCCAUGACCUUCAAUCUGGAUUCAAAACUGCAAGGGCGGUACAACAAGCAGGCAACUAUAUGGGCGUUUAUCUGGAAUCGGAUCCGAAAAAUUUUCAAGGUGUAUGGCGUGAAUAUUUGCGGGUUCGAGUUCGUUUGACUGUUGACGUUCCACUCAAGAGGCGCAUGAAAUUCAGAAAAAAAAAGGUGGUGAGUCGUUUUAUGCUAACUUCAAGUAUGAAUAUCUACCAACAUUUUGUUUUAUUUGCGGUAUAA